UAGAAUGACGUCAGAGGAAGCCUUGCCCUCGUUUUGCUGUCACUCGAGGCCUCCUUGAACAAGAGAGAGACGGGAAGGGCAUGAAACACGGAGCCGGAUUCUUUGAUGUUUUGCAGUUAUUUAAGCGACGUGUUUUUUAUUCUAUGUUUCUCGUCUCUAACUCUGGGAACCUCCUUUCCGUCGUUACGACAAACAUUUAGCCUAACUCGCUAGCCUGCUGGCGCACCAGGUAAUAAAAAAAAAAAAGUCCAAGGUAGCCGCGAGACCGACAGCGAGCAAAGCUUCCACAUGGCGUUAAUCCUGUUUACGAGGUCCAGGGCACCCUUAAUGACUUCCUCCAGGUCGUUAAACGGCGAUCUACGGAAAGCCAAAGGGAAAGUGAAAGAUGCUUCCUGCUUCAACUGCACUGCGUUAAGACUCUCCAGUCACAGACUGGGUGGGUUCCGACUUGUCAGCACAGCCCGGCUCUAUCAGUUGGACCCCUCGCUCCUCUCGUCCGAUGGCCCACCCUGGAGCUCGGACUCACGGCGCUUCUUAUGCGCCUCGGCCCUCCGGGCUCCCUGUUGGCCGCACCCAGCCAUUUCUGGCGAGACGCGAGCGUGGCGGAGAGACGUCCCCGGCGUCCGGUGGCUCCACGCCUCUCCGGCCAGGUGGGACGACUCCAAGGUGGAGAAGUCCCUGCGCUCGCUGAAGGACAAGAAGAAGCUGGAGGAAGGGGGGCCGGUGUACAGUCCGGUUCUGGACGCCGAACCUGUCAGACGGACACUGCAACAGCGGGUGCUGGACGAAAUCAAACAUUACUACCACGGCUUCAGGCUGCUCUUUGUGGACACGGGUAUCGCCGGACGAAUGCUGUGGCGGGUGCUCAACGGACAUGGCCUGUCCCGCCGGGAGAGGAGACAGUUCCUCCGGACCUGCGCGGACGUCUUCCGACUGCUGCCCUUCCUGGUGUUCAUCAUCGUCCCCUUCAUGGAGUUCCUGCUGCCCGUCGUCCUUAAACUCUUCCCCAACAUGCUGCCGUCCACUUUCGAGACGCAGUCCAAGAAGGAGGAGAGGUUGAAAAAGGAGCUGCGCGUCAAGCUGGAGAUGGCCAAGUUCUUGCAGGACACCAUUGAGGAGAUCGCUUUGCGUAACAAGGCAGCCGAAGGUGACGUCGCUGAAGAGUUCUCCACAUUUUUCCAGAAGAUCCGAAACUCGGGCGAGCGUCCCAGCAACGAGCAGAUCUUGCGGUUCUCCAAACUGUUUGAGGACGAGCUGACGCUGGACAACCUGACUCGGCCCCAGCUGGUGGCGCUGUGCCGCCUGCUGGAGCUCCAGUCCAUCGGCACCAACAACUUCCUGCGCUUCCAGCUCAUCAUGAAGCUGAGGAACAUUCGCGCUGAUGAUAAGCUGAUCGCCGAGGAGGGCGUGGAGAGCCUCAACGUGAACGAGGUGCAAUCUGCCUGUCGGGUUCGAGGCAUGAGAUCGCUGGGCGUCACAGAGGAGCGACUGCGAGAGCAGCUCAGCCAGUGGUUGGAACUUCAUCUGAAGCAGCAGAUCCCCACCUCCCUGCUGCUGCUGUCCCGGGCCAUGUACCUCCCCGACACGCUGUCCCCGGCCGACCAGCUCAAGACCACCCUGCAGACGCUCCCCGAGAUGGUGACGAAGGAGGCGCAGAUGAUGGCGGCCGAGAUGGAGCUGUCCAAAGUGGACAACAAGACCAAAGUGGAGACUACACUGCAGGAGGAGGCGGCCAUUCGCCAGGACAACAAGGAAAGGGAGCUGGAGAGACUGGCCGACGCCGCGGAGAAGGCUGCCAGGGACGGCGAAGAGCUGGAGGCUGAACGAAGCAGGCAGACGGCGUCUCAGGUCGACGCGCUCAGGGACACGGCGCCCAUCCUCGAAGGGGUUAAGGGCGAGGAGAUCACCAAAGAGGAGAUUGACUUGAUCAGCGACGCCUGCUCCAAGCUGAAGGAGCAGAAGAAGCUGCUAACCCUGGAAAAGGAAGAGCUGGAAGAACUCAAGGACGACGUGCAGGAGUACAGCGAGGACCUGGAGGAGAUCAAAAAGGAGCUCUCCAAGACGGGCCAGGAGAAGGCAGUGUGCGAGUCCAAGGCCAGCCAGCGGCUGUCCAAGAGGGUCAACCGCAUGAUCGGACGCAUUGACAAGAUCAUCGGAGAGCUGGAGAAGGAUAAGGUCAUCCUGGACGGACAGAUGGGCGGCGUAACUACGCCACCUGUUGGUCUCUUCUACACCUUCAGGGAGAACCUGAUCAGCAUCGACGAGCUCAUUGGCAUCAUGCGGCAGAUCCAGAACAUUCCCGAACACAAGCUGCAGAGCAUCACAGAUGCGCUCGAUGACAACAAGGACGGCAAGAUCGACAUCGAUGAUGUGAUCAAGGUGGUGGAGCUGAUCGACAAGGAGGACAUCGACAUCUCUACCACGCAGGUGGCCGACAUCAUGGUGAUGCUGCAGAAGGAGGAGAAGCUGAUGGAGAAGGAGAAGGCCAAGGAGAAGGCAGAGAAGGAGCAGGCGGCUAACCUCAAUGGAUAGACCAAGGAAGAGCAUCGUGGCGGCGCCGUGGCAAGUGCUUGGCGGAAGGUACACGACCAAAAACUGCCUUGUGAAAAAUGUAUUCCCGGCACAAGGCUUCAAAGGCGUCAAGUCUAAGAAAUGUCUACUGAUGGACUAAAUGACACUUUAGCGUUCUUUUAUUAUUUAUUGGACAUGAUGGGAUCAUCCAUUUGCCCCAAGAGGGAGGAUGAGAGCAAAGACACUUGUAAAAAGUGAUCAGGAGAUGUCCCGAACGAUCCGAGACACGCGAUGCUUUGUGCACUUUAGUCCAAAACGUCAUUCCUCCUCUUUCAUCUCGAUUGUACACUGAAGGUGCGUCGCCUCAACCAAAGAAGAUUCAAUUCACAGCAUUUCACUUUUGCACCGCUUCAUCUCCGUUUCAUCAUCGUCCGCGUUAUGCUUGCCAUUUGAGAGAUUGCGCAAGUGGCCUUUGAGUCGUCACCUUCUUCUUUACGUUCCAGUAGGAGAGGGGACGUGCUCGAGCUCAUAAGGGAACGCAAAUCAAGACAGAGGCUCAGACAAACUUGCUGUUUUAGACUCACUCGCGUUUCAGAGAUGCACUAUUAGUUUCUUUCAACAGGGGGCGCCAGAGUGAGCGUCAUCAAGGCUCAGAUUGGAGAAAGAUGGCGAUUCCGAUGGAAAGCCGUUGAGCAUUAUUCCGUACAUCCUUGGUGUCCAGCUCCUCGAGGCUCUUUUGGUUGACUAUCAAGGUUUUGGAAUAAGCACUCAAAGGGCUUUUCAGAAAUGUGGGCUCCCAUGCGACUUGCGUCCAUGCACUUUGGGUUGCGGCUAUGACUAUUUUCUGGGAUGUGUUUGCAUCACCUGACUCAAACCGUCCUCUCUUCUUGUAUCAUAAGGAACAAAGCAAUAAGCAGAUCUGCAUUCAAACUUUGCAAUUGUGUGUCAUUAUGAUGAUUCCUCGUUGUCACCGUUAUUUAGCCAGAAGGGGGCAGCUGUGUUUUCUUGGAGAGGUGUUUAGGAUGAUUUUGUGUUCUUUGCUUUGGACUGCAGUGGCGUUAUUGAUCAAAAAGGCAGCUGGGAGCUGAAAAUGAAAAUGCUAGACGCGUCGGGGUUCCAGCUAAAUGAUGGCAUGUUGGAUGCAAUUUGCUUUCACGCUCAUUUCAUUGACCGGAUUGGUCGCAGAGGUGGCGCAAAUCCCUCUUGUAAACGAAUCUAACAGUCGAACACUUGACAGCUUGUUGAUUGUCACCACCAUGAGUGUACUGCCUCGAAACGGACCUUCAAAUUAUUUCCACACAUAGAAUCGUCUCCACUGCACGUGGCAUGUAGAUUAUUUUGAAAUCAGUUUUAUUUAUUUAUUGAACCUUCAUGAAAAUGUGGAGCUUUUUUGUGUUUUUGCUUUUGAGGGGGUCAGACUUGAAAGGAAAACUUAAUUUCUCUCCCAAUCAGAUGAAUAUAAAUUGUAAAAAAAAAAGCACAAUAUACAAAAAGUGAAAUAAAAAAAACCGAAAAGCUCA